UGUAUAAAAACUGUAAUGCAUGUUAGUGCAAUAGUGUGGAGAAUGAAGAAAGAAGAAAAGCAACAGAAAUUUCAUGAAGCCCUUCUUAAAAUGCUUUAUCCUUCCCCACCAUCUCCCCAGAUUCAGUCCGACGAGGACCAAGAAAAGAAGUUGAUUCAUCUGUUGAAUGACCUUCCUCCAGAGGAAGAGAAAAAUGAGGAAGAGUGCAUAUUGCCGUCAAGCAGUGACGGCGAAAAUGGCGGCGAUGAAAAGCCGACGAGGGCUCAGAGGAAGAGGCUCCGAAAGAAGAAGCUGAAGGAAGCCGCUUCCCGGCGGAGGAAGAUCAUUGGGCCUCUGUUACCUGGUACUAGUGAUGAUGUCCCCGAAGGUGUUCGACAAAAUGCCGCAACCAAUUUUUCAGGUGAACCUGCUUCUUGCUCGAAACAGAACAAGCUUAAACAGAGAAGGAAAUCGAAGAAAUCGGGUGGUGAUCGAAAGGCGAAUUCGUCAAGCUGCAUUGAAACUAGUACUACUAGCCCAAUAUGACUUUUGAAUUUAUGGGUGUAUUUUUCACAAAUAUUAGUAUUGGAUCCCCUAUGUAUUCUUUUUCAGUUUGUUUAUUUAGUACUGCAUUGCAUUUCGUAUUCAUUUAAAUAUUUAAUACAUUGAUAUAUAGUUUGCAAAAA